CCCAACCCUAGCCGCUGCGCCGAGGGGUCGAGGGCCUCGCCGCUCCUCCACCUGGACCUCCGCAGCCACCUCACCCAAAAUAGCACCAGGCCACGCCUCCCACCCGACCCGGCCUCCUCCACGGCCACCGCCGGCUGUCCGAGCUUUCCAAGAAGCCGGCGGCCAAAUUCUCCAAGAAGACGGCGAGGGCGCGAGGCUAGCCAGCGCUGAGCCGCCGCCUCUCCGCCUCCGUUCUCCAUCAAGGCGUCGCCACUCCGCCUCCCCGUCUAGGCGCUUCCCUCGGACACCUCGAUCUGCAGCGGGCACCUCCACCUUGGCCGCCUCCUCCGCACCCGCCCCGACGCCUCCACAUCGUCUUCCUCCUCGGCAGCCACUCUUUGACGCCGGGCGAGUGAGCGCAGCAACAAGGUGAGUUCAGUCUUCAGGCAGCCUGUGUUUGGGUUGUCCCUGAGCUCUGUUCGAGAUUGCGGCCUUUGCAGCGCAAGCAUGGAGGAUAGCAACGCCCUGAUUUUGCCCUGCAAGAGGAAGAACAAGGGGCAGGGGAAAGCCAAGGACGGAAAGAAAGCCAAGAAGGAGGACCCAAAGAUGAGCAAGACUAAGCUAAAAAAGCUGCAGAAAUUGGAGGAGGAAAAGCGAAAGAAGCUGCUGCAGGCUCAAAGCAUUGAGAUUUUGCAGAAGCACAAGAUCUCAGAAGAUGCAUAUUCACUUCUGCAUGCUUCAGGGACUAUUGGUCAAGUUGAGACUUUGAAAGAAAAAUGCAGGCGUGCCAUGCAGUUGUCCAAGGCUGGUUUGGAUGUUCCGGAAGAACUCUCGCUAUUCAAGAGAAACGAUGAUCAGAAAUUCUCUGAAAACAGUGACCCUGUGGAGCACAUUUUGCCACCGAAGUUUGUUGAGCCUGUAAAAAGUGAGGAUCCUGGUAGGGUACAUGAGAAAAACAUGAAGAAUGAUUCAAGGAAAGCUAUGGAAUGCCAACCAAAGAUGGAUGUUGGAGUAAGCAUUCCAGAGCCCAAAACUGAGGAGCCUAGUGAUAAUGGCCACCUGUUGGCAAAUCAGAAAAUUCAGUCUUCAAUUCCAAGUUGCUCUGGAACAGAGCUAGAUUUGCAGGAUAAAGAGCCAGGACAAGGGGAAGCUGCCAUGCAGGAGUGCAUAAAUCCUCCAAUUGUUGUGCCUGUGUCAAGACCGCAUGAGGUUGAGAAGGCAAGGAGAGAUCUCCCAAUAAUAAUGAUGGAGCAGGAAAUAAUGGAAGCUAUCUAUGAAAAUUCUAUAGUAAUCCUUUGUGGAGAAACAGGCUGCGGUAAAACUACUCAGGUCCCUCAGUUCCUGUAUGAAGCUGGCUUUGGCACAAGUGAUCGAGCUGACAGAAGAGGGAUGAUUGGGAUCACCCAACCACGACGUGUCGCUGUUCUUGCCACAGCUAGGAGGGUGUCCUAUGAGUUAGGACUUAAGCUGGGGAGGGAAGUUGGUUUUCAAGUUCGGCAUGACAAAUUGGUGGGAAGUAAUUGCUCCAUCAAGUUCAUGACAGAUGGUAUUUUGCUGCGAGAGCUCCAGGGUGAUUUUCUGUUGAAGCGCUAUUCGGUGAUCAUAUUGGAUGAGGCACAUGAAAGGAGCUUGAACACAGAUAUACUUAUUGGGAUGCUUUCUAGAAUUAUUAAGGGUCGCAAGAAUUUAUAUGUAGAUCAGCAGGAUAAAAUACGAUCUGGAGUGAAAAUCAAGCCAGAAGAUAUGAUCAGUCAGUUGAAAGUGGUGCUCAUGAGUGCUACUCUACAAUUGAAGGACUUCAUUUCUAAUAGGAGAUUGUUUGAUGUAAUUCCACCAGCUGUUAAGGUACCUGUGCGGCAGUUUCCAGUAACAGUUCACUUCUCAAAGAGGACACAUGAUGAUUAUUUAGGGCAAGCUUAUAAAAAGGUUAUGUCAAUCCACAAGAGGCUUCCACCAGGUGGAAUCCUUGUAUUUGUCACUGGACAACGAGAAGUGGACUACUUGUGUAAGAAAUUCCGAAGAGCAUCCAAGGUGCAAACUGCUAAGAAGCCUGAAAAAGUUGAUGGCGAUGAUAAUGGCCCGUUCCCAGAAGUAGAUGAUAAGGAAAUUUUGGAAGCAUAUGAUAUUGAUAGGAACAAAUCUGAGCACCCAGAUGACAUAUUUUAUUCAUAUGAUGAUGAUGAUGAUAUGGAUCCUGGGCCAAAUUCUUUUUCUUCUGACAAUGAAACAGAAAGUGAAAUGGAUACUGAUACUGACGAUGAAGAGUCUGUUACAUAUGAAACCACAGAAGAGGAUGCUCCAGUAUUAUCAUUUUUGAAAGACGCUGAGAACUCAUCUGUGUUGAAGGCGUCAUUUGGAGCUCUGUCAGGAAUAUCAGGAGUGCCAGAAAGUGUUGAGAAAUCAAGUGAUGCUACAAGUGAAGAAAAGUCUAGUCCAUCUGUUAGUUGUUUCAGUAAAUGUACAGAACGUAUGCCUGUAUCGCAUGGUAGACUCCGUGUCUUGCCACUUUAUGCAAUGUUACCAGCUUCACAGCAGCUUCAAGUGUUUCAAGAUAUACCCAAGGGGGAAAGAUUAGUUGUGGUGGCAACUAAUGUCGCAGAAACCUCUUUAACAAUUCCCGGCAUACAAUAUGUAGUUGAUACUGGGAAAGAAAAGGUUAAGAAUUACGACCAUGCUACUGGCAUGUCAAGUUAUGAAGUCCAAUGGAUAAGCAAGGCAUCGGCAUCCCAGCGUGCUGGAAGAGCUGGAAGAACAGGGCCUGGGCACUGUUACCGUCUCUACUCAGCUGCAGCAUAUGGUAAAGACGAUUUAUUUCCUGAAUUCGCUGAACCUGAGAUUAAGAAAAUUCCAGUUGAAGGCAUUGUCCUUAUGCUCAAGUUUAUGGGUAUCCAUAAGGUUGUGAACUUUCCUUUCCCUACACCUCCAAACAAGGAAAGUUUGGUUGAAGCUGAGCGUUGCUUAAAGGCAUUGGAAGCACUUUAUAGCCAUGAUGAUUAUGAUGGAAAACUUACACCAAUGGGAAAAGCUAUGGCACAAUACCCCAUGAGCCCACGACAUUCUCGUCUUCUUCUGACAGUGAUUAAGAUUUUGAAGAGCCAGCAAGGCUUUGCUAGAUCUAACUUCAUACUGGGAUAUGCUGCUGCUGCUGCAUCAGUGUUGAGUUUUACUAAUCCAUUUCUCAAGCAGUUGGAUGAAUGUGAUAUUAAUGGCGAAUCGGAAGAACAUAACACGAAUCCAGAAGCUAAUGAUCCAUGUGAAAGGAAAAGACGGAAGAAGCACAAUGCCAUGGUUAGAGAGGCACAGGAAAAAUUUUCUAACCCUAGCAGUGAUGCUUUAACCAUUGCCCGUGCCCUACAAUUUUUUGAGUUGUCAGAAAACCCUGUGGAAUUCUGCAGAAUUAAUUCACUUCAUCUCAAAACAAUGGAAGAGAUGUCAAAAUUGAGAAAGCAACUUCUCCGUUUAAUAUUUCACCACAGCAAAUUUUGCAAGGAAUUUGCUUGGAAUUAUGGAGAUUCUGAUGAUGUUGAGCAGGCCUGGAGGAAUGAGUCCAGUAAAAGACCAUUGCAAAUGAAUGAAGAGGAACUUCUUGGGCAAGGAAUCUGUGCUGGAUGGGCUGAUAGAGUUGCAAGGAGAAAUCACACCUAUUCCAGAGCAUCAGGAGAUGAUCGUAAAGUUCGAGCUAUUCGCUAUCAAUCUUGCGCGCUUAAUGAUACCAUAUAUCUGCACCGAUCAUCGUCUGUUGCCCAAGUUGCCCCAGAGCUUGUAGUUUACUCAGAGCUACUUAGUACAAAGAGGUUAUACAUGCAUGGUGUAACCACUAUAAAGCCAGGGUGGCUUUUAAAGUAUGCCGGUUCUCUCUGCACCUUCUCUGCACCAUUGGAAGAUCCAAAACCCUAUUAUGACCCCAUGAAUGACCAAGUCUAUUGUUAUGUUAGUCCGGUCUUUUCUCGACAUAAUUGGCAGCUUCCCUUGCAUAGUUUACCUAUCAAAGACAACACCAGUCGCCUGCAGGUAUUUGUGUGUGCUUUGCUUAAGGGGGAUGUCUUGCCAUGUCUAAGGAAUGCGAAAGAUUUCCUGGCACUGUCACCAUCUUUUGCCUUCGGGCCUGCCAGCCAAAGAAGAGUUGGAGAUCUUCUUGACAGGAUGCAUAUUAAACAAAAAUCAAAGAUUGGUAAAAAAUUAAUUGACAGCCGAGCAGCACUGAGAGAUGCAUGGAAUGCUGAUCCAAAUUUUCUCUAUCCUGAGAUAAAGGCGUGGUACCAGGAUAAAUUCCAUAGCCAGUUUGACUUAAAAUGGGAGCAGAUGCACCAAGAGGUUCUUCUUGAGGGGCAUGAGCUUUUCCCAAAGAGGUCCAAGAAAGUUAAAGGCUAGUCAAGAAGAUUACGGUGCAGUUGGUUAACUGAUAGAAGCUUCUUUGCCGUGGUGACAUUUUUUCAGGAUUUGCCCUUUAUAGGCUCAUCUAACAUCACCUUGGACUUGUAGCAGAAAAGAUACAAAAGAAGCAUUUGUCAUGGUAAUACACUGUAUGGUUGAGAACUAAGAUGGUGGCUAUCAAUCUCAUUAGCUCAUUUGGUGUGAAUUUUGUCAGGUCCAACUGAUAAGAAUCGAGUGUAGGGUACCUGAGUAUGGGUGGACAACGCAGAGGGUGUUCCAUUUCCUAAACUUCAUUGUUAACAGUGAUGAGUUCAUCAUAGUCCUUACCCACCUCGGUACACCUUAGUCACCUGGUUCAUGAUUUAUGGUGAACUUGUGUUUGUGUUUGCAGUAAGGUCAGCUGUGUUUGUUCUGUGACGGAAUGUGCAAGUUGUACAUCCUGAGGUUUGUGGAAGGAGGCUAUUUAUGUUUCCGUUCUGUCGGUUGAUUGGAAACAUAAUGUGUAACAAUACGGUCUUGUAGAUAUUUCAACAUGUGCUUAUUGAUUUGCCUGGCCUAGCAUUCUUCA